AUGUUUCCUGGUUUCCGAUUUUUUCCUGCUCCUCUUACCAGUAUUCCGGAAGCGGAGGACGAGGAAAGCCCACCAAGCUCCCGUAGUUCAACACCACCAUCAUCAUCGCCGGAACCAGAUUAUUCUGACAGUGAUCAGUCUAUUAUUUCUGAUUCUGACAAAAAGAAUGAUUCCGGUCAUUCUACUCUUCCUACUGAUACUGGAUGCUCUUCCGAAUCUUGCACAGCAGGAUCUUCUGAUUACAGAGAAGACUCGUUUCUUGAUUUGAAUCAAACCAAGUCGACUGUUUUCUCAUAUGGAGAUUUAUAUUCUUCCACUGAUGCUAACUUUCUCGACGAAAAUGAUACUUCAAACAGAAAUGAAGUUUGCUCGAACUCUAUUCUUUCACCCGUCAGUGUAUUCGCUUACAAUGGGAAAUUGGCUACAAUUGAGAAGAAUUCUCAUCAAAAGUCGACAUUCACAGUCGACGCGCCGUCAUCUUCUGAGAACUCUCACAGUAGCAGUUCUUCUUUUGGUUACGCAACUAUCACGGAGUCUGUUGUGUGGACUGGUAGACCAACGAUAGAUAAUAGAAUGGAAGUUAUUUCUAAUGAAGUUGACCACACUGAUCACUCUGAUAAGCACAUUCAGUCGGUGGAUGGGAAAACUGCUGAAGAAAAUUUGGAUGACGGAGAAGUUUCAGACACAGCAAUGAGAAGCAAAAAUAAAAAGAAGUCGUGGUGGAAGAGGAUUUGGUAA